AGGUUCCGGCCUUUGAUCAACUUGUUCCAGCGCAGAAAAGACUCGCCGACAUUUUUAACAAAAACAUUCCAAUCUCUUCUUCGCCUACAUUGGGUCUUCAAUCGUUUCUCUUCUUUUUUGCUUGCUCGCAGCGAACCGAGGCAUCCGGAUCUCAAAGCUCGACACUGCUCAGCCCGCUCUACUGUCGAUUCCCAAACCAGAUCCGUCCACAACCAUGUCAACGGCUGCCCGGCGUCGCUUGAUGCGCGACUUCAAGCGCAUGCAGACCGAUCCUCCUGCUGGAGUGUCAGCCUCUCCCAUUCCCGAUAAUGUCAUGACCUGGAAUGCCGUUAUUAUAGGCCCGGCAGAUACUCCUUUCGAAGAUGGCACAUUCCGACUCGUCAUGCAGUUUGAAGAACAAUACCCAAAUAAGCCUCCCCAGGUCAAAUUCAUCAGCCAAAUGUUCCACCCCAACGUAUACGCCACCGGCGAGCUGUGCUUGGACAUUCUGCAAAACCGAUGGAGUCCGACGUACGACGUUGCUGCUGUAUUGACUAGCAUCCAGAGUUUACUUAACGAUCCCAACACUGGUUCACCAGCAAACGUCGAGGCCUCGAAUCUUUACAAAGAUAACAGAAAGGAGUAUACCAAGCGUGUCCGAGCAACUGUUGAAAGUAGCUGGGACGACUAAAAAGGAUUACAUCAAGAUGGAAGUACUGAGGAAUUAUGUGUACCCAAGGCUUCACAUGAAUCCCAGGUCUACUACACCAUCUGAAUUCGGAUUGUGGACUCAGUCUGUCAGAUCUUUUUGAUAUGACAUGCUGUCCACGAGAGCUUGGAGCUUGAUAGAAGGAUGGAGAAGAUUCAUUGCAGGCGUUCUGGUGCACGAGAUUGAACUGGUUAUACCAAGGGAAGGAGGAUGAAUGCUCGCUUUUGCUCGAUAUUUUUUUUUUUUUGGUCUUAUUUUCUCCUACAGUAAUCUAGCGUUUGUUUUUGGUAUCCUCGUCAUAGUGGCGUGGAUGGCUGGCGAACGAGACAUAGGUAGUAGUUAUUCAGCGGCGAUGGAUUGUCAAAACCUUCUUUUUUUUCCAAACUGUUUUUCU